AUGUCUGUGGAGCUGACGCCUGAACAAACUCAAGAAUUAAUCACCGCUGCUAGGGACAUAUUUCUUACCCAGCAGAUGACGGUGUUAGGUUUCACUCUGAUGGUUUGGGAUCAUAUCAUCACUUUAAACUCCGAAAUCAGCCUCGUAUGGCCUGCUGAGCUUAGCUGGGUGAAAGUAUUGUUUCUACUGAACCGUUACAUCCCGCCGAUCUUUAUUGGCGUUGCUACUGCCAACUUUACAGGAUCCGCUUCAUGGCUAAGUGACAAAAUCUUCCUCUGGGUCUCUUCGGCAUGGGUACUUCACGUGGCCGCUAAUAUAGCGCUCGUUGCCAUUAAUUCGACCACGAAUGCAGGUGAGAGAUCUUUGUUGGGCGUUCCGGAAAAGCAACCUGCUCAUGAAGCCAUACUGAUAACAUCUUUCAUAAGAAUUGCUUCUACACGUAUCCACAAUGUUGUGAUCCGCGAUGGAUUUAUUUAUUUUUUCGUCGUGUUUUUGGGAAUGCUCUUCAACCUCUUGGGCACGCUCGCUGCUUUGCCUCGCUGGCUUGUUUGGUCCAUCUUCACGGUUGCGACCUCCCGCUUGCUGCUAUCUCUCAAAGGAAUUCAGAGCGCGAAAGAAUGGGAUAACGCCAACAGGAUUGCCAGGAGAGAUAUUGAAAUGGAACCCAGGGAUGGUGUCAAAUUUAUAUAUGCCGAGCAUGAGGAUGACGAAUGUCCGAACCGCCACUGCAUGAGCGGUCAUCUAAAAACGACCACUCUUGCCGAUGGCCGCCGGCUUGAGGAUUUCGCGGCCCAGACUUGCGCGAGUGACGACGUUGGAGCAGGACUUAAGGUGGCUUCAAUCCCGACUCGCCCACUUCAACCACAUCACCAUAUGGUCAAUUUAUUCUCCCAAUCGCAUACCUACGAUGACAACUGGGCGACGGUAACUCUCGCCUUCUUCCUACGGUACCCUAAUCCUUUCUCUGCACAUGUCCUCUCAUGCGAUGUUAUCGACCGCUCAUUCACACCAGAGGGGAAUCUACGUACAACUCGGCUCAUCCUCAAACGAGGUAACCUGCCCAAGUGGUUCCCCUCGGGCGUAGUCGCUCGAUCCGAAAGUUGGAUUGUCGAGGAGAGCGAGGUUGACACCAUUGGUCAUCGCGUGAACUGCACCACACGAAAUCUGGAACAUACCAAGGCGUUGAGGGUGAUUGAACAAGUCACACUACGUCCCCUCGAAGACGGGCGAACACUACAAGUUACCGAGGCCCGAUUUCAGUCACGAUUCGGGUGGGGUCUCACCAAGCGUAUUGAGAGCUAUGCCUCUACAAAAUUUAGGUCAAAUAUCGAAAAGUCUCGCCAGGGAAUCUUUCUCGUACUCAAUCUUCUCAGAGAGUCACGUAUGCAGCUCCAACCUCUUGGAGGCCCCAUCAGCCCAACUGGCACGAUCUUUGAUACUUAUGUUUCUCGACUACAAGAUCCACACAGAGACCAAGCUCCAGUCCCUGAUAGUUCUAUCCCAAGUGAUUCACAAAGCGCAGCAGAUAAGCCUACGGCGUGGAAGCGAUGGAGGUCGCGCUUCUGGUCUCGCUCCUUAUGA